AUGGCCAAAUACUCCUCUCCAGAUAUUCACCUGACAAGUUUUAUUUUGCUGAUGGUUACGAGAUAUGUAAAGCAAAAUGCUGGCAUUGAUAGCGAUUGCAAUAAAGUAGAAUGCAGCGAUGGAGGGAUAUCAACAACAAGGCGAAGCAAGCACAAGGGACGUGCCAUCGCAAACAAGCGUUGGUGCACUGCUGGUGGAUUCAAUGUUAAUGCAGAACUAUCCAGUUAUAGAUUGGAAAAGAGCACGGACUCUCUUUACAUGACCUUGGAGGUUUCAACCCAAGCCCGCAGCUUGUUCGAUUGUGCCCGUCAGUGUUCACUGGCCGACAAUUGCAGUAACUUCUUGUAUAAUGAGACUAAUGGUAAUUGCUCUCGUGAACAAAGACGUAUUGAGAUGAAAGACACAAGUCUACUAAACCUUGCUAGUCCUUAUCAAUCCUGUGCUGAUGUAAAGAAUUCCUCCAAUCCCCGACAGCUUUUAAAACACCCCAAUGGUCUUGUGGUCAUGUGUGACACUUUGACUGACGGAGGUGGCUGGACAAUUUUCCAACGACGUAUCUCCGGUGCCGUGGACUUCUACCGGAACUGGGAAGAAUACAAAAUUGGAUUCGGAAAUUUUGACGCUGGGGAAUUUUACCUCGAAAGUCAGUCUUACAAAAUUUCAUACCAACAACACUCGGGCAAUGCAGGAGAUGAUCUCCAAACCUCAUCUAUCCGUCGUAUGUUUAGUACAUAUGAUAAGGACAAUGAUGUUGACAACAGUAGACAUUGUGCUGUAACAUUCCAUGGCGCUUGGUGGUACUCUUUGUGUCACAUGUCAAAUUUAAAUGGUCUUUGGGGAAGCAAAGAAUUCGGUAAAGGUGCGCAGUGGAAUAGCAUUACUGGCAGUUAUGAUAGUGUAGACUUCAGCGAAAUGAAGAUUCGGCCAAAGUUAUAA